GUGUAUAAAUUAUGUGUAUGUUGGACUUGAAGUAAACAAAAAUUAUCAACAAACAAACAAACACAAAUUAUAUACAAUGGAAGAAGCUUAUAAUCAAUUAUUAGAAUAUUUAACCUGUCUGGGUACCAUCAAAAGCCAACAAAACAUUGACAUGCUAGAAUUUAAAAUAAAUAAUUACACAAAAUAUUUUCCACCGGCUAUUAAUCAUGAAAAUUACGCUGAAAAUAAAAUAAAUAUUAAUGGAUAUUAUUAUGGAAAAAUUAUUGAAAGUGUUAUUGAAAAAUUUGACAAUAAUUGGCCAUUAAAAAAUGACAAUUUAUCUCCCACAAUUAAGAAUCUAAUGAUCGUUGAUAAUUUGUCAUUUGAAAUGGCUCAUGAAUUUUUAAUAGCCAUCAGUGAUUCUAUACAAAAAUCCAAGAAUAUUCAAACAAUUAAUGCACUCUUAAUUAUUAUUGAAAAAUUUAUAAAAAAUGACAGUUUAUUAUCAGCAAUACUAGAUGUAUCACGACCAAAUAACAACUCAGAUAUUAUUAAUGAAGAAAUAAAUAAAAAUUGGAAAAAUUUUCUACAAUUAUUAGUAUCAUUACCAUCGAAAAUUGCAAAUAAAAUUCAAGGUAAAAUGCCAAAAACUUUUAUGAUUGAUAAUUAUUCAAAAAUCAUAAGUUAUCAUUAUGUCAGAGCAGUACUAUUUUUAAAUGAUAUAAAAAAUAAAUUAAAUAUUCAACCAAAUGUUAAAAUGUUAUCUAUGGUGAUAAGCAAAAUUGUGUUGACCUUGGGAUCCAGUUAUUGUGUUGAAUUGAUUGAUAUUUUAAUGAAUUGGUCACUUGAGGAUAAAAAUAAUAUAAAUUCAUUUGUACAAAUGAUUUAUUUGAAUUUAGAAAAAUCGAGUAUUGAAUAUGUUGCUAAUAUGUUGCUACAAAUGACAAAGCAUCCUGAACAAGUUUGUAAAAUGUUUGGUAAUUUAAUAGAAAAUGAUUGUUGGAAACAUAUUUUAACACUCAAAAUUCCAUUGUUCGGUUACAAUGAUGACGACAUGUUUAUUGUCAAUUUAAUAACAUAUUUGUCAUCUGAUAGUGUUGAUAAAGACAUCUUGAUGAAUUUAUUAAAAAAGCUAUUGGAUAUUUGGGGUGAUAGAAGUGCAUUGAAUCAUACACCACUGGAACAACAUGAAUACAUAACAAAGUUAAUUUUAUUUUCAAUGAAAAAAUUGAAAAAUAAUAUUAAUUCAGAUGACAAAAUGAUUUUACAAAAAUUAAUAUUUUCUGGUACUGAAGCACAUUUGGAAAAUAUGAAAAUUGAAAUUCGAGCAAUUGGGAUGAUUACUGGAGAAAUUAUUUUUGGUUUAUUAACAGAAUCAAGUGAUGAGCCAAAAUUAAAUUAUGAGUAUGAUAAUAUGCCAAAAUUAGGAAAAGACAUUGUUGAUAAAAUAAAAAAAUUCUUUGAUUGUAAUUUUGAAAUAAAAGAUUUAAAUAAAAAUUCAGGGAUUAAAAAAGAUUUGAUAAAAGAACUGGGAUUAAAAUGCCAAAUUUUAUCAGAAAUAAACGAAGUUGAUUGUUUAAAAAAAGAGACAAAUGGAUCAACAAGUAUUGUUGAAGAAGAAAAAGCUAAAUCAAAUACUGAUGUACAACAAAAUUCAAAAGAUAUUGAUGAUGGUGAUGAAUCAGAUCUUGAUAGUGAUGAUGAUCUGGUACCAUAUGACAUGUCCAACGACACAAAAAUAUCAGAAAAAUUACGUCCAGUUUACCUUCGUGAUCUAAGAGAUAUUUUAGUAAAUCACAAUUCCAAUUCAGAUCCAGAUAAGUUUGGAGAAGCACUUGCUUAUGCUGAAGAUUUAAUAUCAUCACAUUUACCAAAUGAUGAUCCAUCUUUGGCCAUUGAACUUCUUGAAAUUUUAUCAACAUUAAAUGAAAUAUCAUAUGUUGAGAAUUUUAAUAAUCUCAAGUUUAAUUCAUGUGUUGCUGUUGUUACAGUUCAUCCAAAACAAUGUGCUGAAUAUAUUUGUCGUGAAUUUCAUUCUAAAAUUGGUACAUACUCUUUGAGUACUAGAAUUUUUUUUUUACAAGUAUUGGCUGAAUCUGCAAAACGUUUAUCAAGUAUUAAAAAUUUAAAUGUACCUGAUGAAAAUCCAAAUAAAAUGAAAGCUAUUAAAUAUCGAAAAUCAAGUAAACCAGCAUCAAUUUAUAUUGACAUAACAUCUGGUAAAAAAUGUGAAACAUUAUAUGAUGAAGAUAUUGAAGUCAUAGAUGAUGAAGAUGAUGAUGAUUCAUCAAAAAAUUGGCAUAAUAUUGUACAGCAAAGAAUUCAAUCAAAUACAAAAAUAUUAACACACAAAACAAAAUUACCAGAAACAACAAUGAAUAAAUUUAAUGAUGUUGCAUCAUAUUUUUUUUAUCCACUGUUAUAUGGAUUAUCACAAAAAGAAGCAUGUAUGUUUAAAAAACCAAAAUCAUUUGAAGAACAUGAUACAAUAUUAUUGAUACAAUUUUUAAAAACACUAUCAGCAAUAAUGAUUGCUGCUGAAAAUUGUGUUAUUGCAACAAAAAUGGGAUUAGAAAUAUUAGAACUUGCUUGGACAUUGAGGUAUCAUGAACAAGCUAAAGUUAGAUUAUGUAUUAUUGAAAAUAUUGCAUCAGUUAUUGUUUCAAUAUCACGAGAUAAUUUUACAAAUGAAAUUAUUGAGCUAUUGAUGGAAUUUAGAAUGUGGCUGUAUGAUGUAUCACAAGAUUCAUUGAGAGGUGAUCCUGAUACAAAUUGUCGUUCAUUGGGAAAACAUGUUGUUCAAUUAAUUGACUCUGUUAUUUCGUCGACAAUGGAAAGUAAUGAUUGAAAAAUCAAAUAGUUGAAAAUAAAUUACUUAUUUAUAAAUAUUGUAAAUUAUUUUAUUUGUUGUAAAUUCAUUCAAGUUAAAGUUUGUUUUAUUACUCAUUUGAAAAUGUUUUUUUUUGGUUUUCUUCAAUGAGAGUUGAUAAAAUUCUCAACUUUACUCCCUAUUUUUUCUAUAAACUCCAAUUUUUUUUCGGCAAUUAUUAUAGCUUCCAACGAUAUACCUAUAAG